AUGCGAAAAUUCACCUAUGUCAUUGAACACAUGGAAGAAGACGAGGAAACGACCAAAACAAUUCCACCUUGGGUCGAACUUGAGUACGCCCAUAUGCGCACGCUCGCAGGACCAGAAUCCCAUGUCCAAUUCACUCAUCUAUCAAAAUCAUCGCGCGACUUUCUACGAUCUACAUUCGACGCGCAAGAAGAUAAUUUGGCAAGGGUAUCCUUCCACCAACAUGGCGUUAUUGAAUUGCUAGCGGAUUCUGGCAUCCCUUUGAACAACGUGUGUUUGUUGGACCCAAAAGCUGAGAAGGAGCUGUCGCCGGAAGACGGGGAUGGUCGAUUUGAAUGGUUUCUUUUCGGGGGGAUUCUUGGCGACGACCCUCCGCGUGACAGAACUGGAGAACUCCGCAUCCUGGGGUUUCCCACUCGACAUCUAGGGUCUGUGCAAAUGACCACUGACACAGCUCUUGGAGUGACGAAACUUGUUGUUCAAGAUAAGAUUCAACUGAAUGAUAUUCCGUACAUUGACUAUCCUACGAUCAAGUUCAACGCGAAAGAAUCAGUUGAGAUGCCAUUUAGGUAUAUCGCAGAUGGCUCUGAGCCACGACUGCCUCCAGGAAUGAAGAAGCUCCUGCAUGAGGAUCUCAACAAAACUUUCGAUUUCUAAUACCUAAGGCAAAGACAAUUUGACUGAGUGGAUGAAGCUAAUGCAGAACCUAUCAAAAAGAACAUUUGUUUUUGUCGCCCGCAUGGCCAGCCAACUC